AUGGAUGACAAAUCAUCCAAGGACGAGGACGACGAGUCAUCAAUCUUCAAAGAAAUGCGUAGGAACGGAGCGAAGGCUUCCAUGGUCUUCACCCACUCUCACAGGGUGCCCAACAUUGUCACAAAACUACUCACCACACUGAUAUUUCUGAAUAAAUUGGUUGGAUGGCGAGUUCUGGUUCCCACACUGAGCUUGGCGUUCUUCUUCAUGGGAAUUGACGCAAUAAUUGCCCUACAACACCACAAAACUGAGGAAGCCUUGAACAAGCAGACCAGCGAAAACUCAACCGUGAUUGCUAAUGCGCUGCUAAAAAUUCGUCAGAUAAAGCUAUCUGCCGCUGAAGACGAGUGGAUGAUUAAGGCCAGAGAAAUCCGAAGCAAGGAGCUGAGGCUGCGCAGGAAGCAUUCACUCCUCAUCUGUGCUUCAAAAUUGGUCAGCGGUGUCGUUUCGGCCGUUCUGGCCGGAGUACCUCUUUAUCUAUGCACUCUCAGAGCCAGUCUUGCGUCGCUGCCAUUUGAGGUAUCGGACUGGGUGGAAGGAUGGAAUGGAUUGCAAAGGCUGCAAGGUUAUUUCGCGGCUCCCGAAGCAGAAAGGACCACUGAAACUGCGUCUGAGGAUAUUUUGUUGGACAAGGCGGCUAUGGCGUGGAAUAAGGACGCCCGAAAGGAUGGCAAACUCGAGCUCAAGGCCUCGCUUCAGUUUCCCCGUGGCCAACUCAGCGUGGUCACUGGAAAAACGGGCUCGGGACAAAGUCUUCUUCUGAGCUCCAUUGCAGGCGAAGCUGCACUUCUCUCUGGCGAGUUCCGUGCGCCAGUGCCCCACGCCGCCUGA